AUGGAGUCACUGGUCAAAGCAGCGGUGAUCGUCCUGAACGAUGCGCAGGGGUCAUCCAACCGAGAAACGGAUCAGCAAGAUGACCUCGAGCGAGACGUGUCGCUGUUCCUGCGUUCCAUGCGGCACUUUCGAGAUCAACCUCUGCCUUUUCCCACCGCAACGUACCGCGACUUUUUCGUCCUCGUGGCGCAAUGGAGGCAUGAGGAGCUGGCGAUCGAUGCUCGCUACACCAUCGACAGCACGCGCAGUUGGAUCGAGCUCUCUUCCGCUUCAGAACGUCGCGCGCUCGAUCAAGACCUCGGCGUUCACUCUGGUGCCUGGGACGGACCCUACGAGCUGACGAGCAGAUUGCUGACUAUGUUGAUGGUGCUUCACACCGAUGGCGAAACUUGCGUCAAGGAGGUUGACAACGUCGCACAUCUCCUCUUUGACAGUCUCAAACGUGCGGCCGAGAGUGCCGGAGCUGGCUCGACACAGCUACUUGACAUACUUUUCUUGUUGGGCAUCCUCCUCGACGCCUUCGCAGAGCUUACGAAAGCCGGGAAUGAGGACCAGACGGACCUGAUCCGAAGCAUAGCAUCACUGCUCGUCAUUACCGUCUGGCGCGACCAUGAACGGGCCAAGAUCGCCGUCGGAUUUCUCAACCGAAUCGUCGCACGAGAUGCAUCGUUUAAGGGAAAGCUCGCUGCCAACACCGCUUCCGCUAUCGUGUCCUUGCUGUCGCUGGAGGCAGACUGUCCCUAUGCCGGUGUCGAUGUCAAGAAUGCUGGUCCGCUCAUGUUCGUCGCAGCCAUCUUUCGGAACUGCCUCGGCGUGAUGCUCGAAUCCGCCUACGCGGAUGCGAUCGAAUGCAUUGCAAGUGCCUUGUUCGAGCCGCUUUCGCAUCUUUUGCGCCGGUUGAUCGAGCGCACUCGUGAGGCUCCCGCUGACGAGCACACUACAGAGCUCGAGAUGGUUGCAACGACGCUCUACGACACUUGUGACAAAGCGCUGCGUGGGCAGCCUCCUGAGGUUGAGCGCGGUGCUUGA